GCCGAGACUUGCUUGCACUCUCCCUCGUCACACCACUUCGGGCCUCUUCGAUGAAACUGGCAGCACCGCCGCCAUAGUACUGUACGGGCCUCGACGUCGUCCACGAGCACGAUGGCAGACUUCAGCUAUGCCAACGAUUUGGAGCUCCAAAGGCUGAACGAUCAAGUGCUGGCGGAACCGCAAGAAUUUGAGAACUGGGAGAAGCUGGUGCGCGCCGCAGAAGCGCAAGAAGGAGGCCUCAACCGCAACUCCAGCCCCCAAGCCAUUGCAGCUACCCGAGACACAUACGACCGCUUCCUCGCACGCUUCCCGCUGUUUUUCGGCUACUGGAAGAAGUAUGCCGACCUCGAGUUCGCUAUCGCAGGUACCGAGUCGGCGGAAAUGGUCUACGAGCGCGGUGUCGCAAGCGUGGGGCUUUCGGUCGACUUAUGGGCAAACUACUGCGCCUUCAAGGUGGAGACCAGCCACGAUGCAGAUGUCAUCAGAGAGCUUUACGAGCGCGCGGCAGACAGUGUUGGACUCGACUUUCUGGCGCAUCCUUUCUGGGACAAGUAUUUGGAAUUCGAGGAGCGCAUCGACUCGCCUGACCGCAUCUUUGCCAUCUUAGCCCGUGUUAUCCACAUUCCCCUGCACCAAUAUGCUCGUUAUUUCGAGAGAUUCCGCGGUAUGGCUGCGCAACGUCCUGUUGCGCAAGUUGUGCCGGAAGAUGUUCUGGCAGGCUUUCAGCAGGAGCUGGGAGGCGAUGAAAAGCAGACUGCGCCGGCGGAGGUUGAGCGCGAGCUUCGUGCUCGUGUCGACGCGUAUCUCCUAUCGCUGUUCAACUCCACCCAGGCGGAGACCUCGCAGCGCUGGACAUACGAACAAGAGAUCAAGCGCCCAUACUACCAUGUGACCGAGCUUGACGAUGACCAGCUCGACAACUGGAGACGGUAUCUUGAUUUCGAGGAAGGCAAGGGUGACUAUGCACGCACCAAAUUCCUCUACGAACGAUGCCUGGUAACCUGCGCCAAUUACGAAGAAUUCUGGUUCCGGUAUAUCAGAUGGACUUUGGCUCAAAUGUCCAUUGCCAAAGAGGUGCGCAACGAAGAGGUACGCAUCAUUUACAGUCGAGCUAGCUGUAUCUUUGUUUCGAUUGCUCAGCCAAGCAUACGACUCAAUUAUGCCCGCUUUGAGGAGUCGAUUGGUCGGGCAGACACCGCGAUUGCCAUUCACGAGGCAAUCUUGGCCACCGCGCCUGGUGAUCUCGAGACCAUUCUGUCCCUCGUGAACACUCAUAGGCGACAAUAUGGGGUCGAUGCAGCCAUCAAAGUCCUGAAAACUCAACUCAACACCGGCGAGAACGGCAGAUCUGAUCGUGGCGCGCUUGUGGCAGAGCUUGCCCGACUUCACUGGAAAGUCAAGGGCGAUGCCGACGAGGCUCGUCAGACGUUUCAGAAACAGCAAGAACAUUGUGAUAAUUCGCCGGAGUUCUGGAUUGCGUACUUUGACUUUGAACUCAAUCAGCCAACCUCACUCAAAGAAGAAGCUUCACGGCACCAGCACAUCAAGGCCCUGUUUGAUCACAUUCGAAGCACGUCGAAGCUCAUCAAGAACCACACAGACACUUUCUUCGAGCUGUCACGGCGAUAUCUCGACCACCUUCUGGACCGUGGAGACAAGGACGCUAUGCAGGAAUACGUUCGACUUGACCGAGAGUUGAAUGGGCCAUCGAGUGUCCGCAUCUUGAGAAUUGACGUUCCGAAGGUCCCCAUUGCAAAUGGUUCCUAAGGUGCAACCUCGCUUGGUUGGCAGUUGCCUGUUGUGCCAUCACAGCAACAGUGGCUGCAGCAGCUUUGGUUCACAUGCGAGCACUGGCCUGUCGGUCGGGCUCACGCGCCGACUGUAGGUGUAUGAGGCGUAGAUGUAGCAUACAGCAAAGGCACAAAAGGAAUCAUCGAGAGUGUAAGAUUCCCUGUCGCUCAAGCAUUACGCUGAUACUAGUACUUUAGCUAGCUUUUGUAAAGCAAGUUGCAGUGUAUCGAAU